AUGUUUCAUCUGCGUGAUCUACUUAAUAAUGAAAUGGCAUGGAACGAUGUUAAAAAUUCAAGUGCUACGAGAUACGCGUCAAAGACAAGCGAAGAUAAUGAUAAUGAUAUAAAUAAAACUUCUGAACUUGUGCAUAAUGAAGCAAUGCAAAAAUCAAAAAAGCUGAUAGAAAAUUCGAUGAUGAACGAAAUGUCUCCAAUGUGUUUAAACACAGAUACGGUCGAAACGAUAAACCAACAACAAAGUUCGACAAAUAGUAAACUUCAGUUCGUUGCCAAUAAUCAACUUACAGCAAUGUCAUUUCGUAAACAAAUCCCAACGACACACAGAUCAUGGUCAACAGAAGACACUCAACAUCGACAUCAUGUACAGUUACAACAACAACAUUAUCAAAAAACAGUGAAGAGUGAAACAAGACCGGUUGAUUCAGUAAAAAUCAAUUUUAAUAACCAGCCAGAUGAAAAAUUACAUGAUGCAUCAAAUUAUAAACAAAUAUAUCGAGAUCUUGAACGAUUUCAAAAACAAAUACGAGAAACAACCGGUUCAAUAACAAUACGAGAAUAUAGCUAUAUGGCAAACGAAUGUAGAUGUGAUAAACAGAAUGACGAUGAAACGGAAGAAAAAUUGUCAAGUAUUGAAAAAAACAAAGAUUUUAUUGACUACGAAUAUAUUAUCUGA